AUGUCAGUGUUACUUCCGUGUUCUGCUCACCUGUUACACCUGUAUUACAGCGCUGUACUGUCGGUGCGACUCCAGCUCUGCCGGUGCACCUGCUGCGUUAGUGCCAUGACCGAGGAGCUCAUAACGUGCGAUUUAACAUGCCCGUCUUCACAGACUGACCCGGAGGAGACUUUAAAUGCUGUGAAAACUAAGCAGAUGGAUUUUGAGCAGCCAAUUUUCUCCAUGUUGAGCGGCGGUGUGAAGCAGCAGCAGCCGGCGGGGGACACCGCGGUGUCGACCUCACCGACUGCGACCACCGCCGACACCGAGUCCGGGAUCUUCUCCGGGGAAUGUGAGCUCUGUGUGGAGCAUGAGUCUGAGCUGGACUGGUUCUGUGUAACCGAGCAGAGACUCAUCUGCUCUCACUGCGCCAUCGUGGGCCCCUGUCACGGACACACUGUGACCCCUCUGGUCAGCAGAGUAACCGCAGUCCGGAACCGACUGGUAGAUGUGUGUGAGAAAAUGCAGCUGCAGGCACUGAGGAUUGAGAGGUUUAUCGACCAGACGCUGACAACCAAAGAGCAAAAGCUUCAGGAAGCGGCGAGCAGGGCGAGGGAGCAUAUCCUGGCUCAGGUCAGCGCAGCACGUGAAGCCAUGGAGGAGGAGGAGCAGCGUCUUUUGGAGGAGGUGCAGAAAGAGGAGGAGCGGGUGGAGCAGUGCCUCCUCACCCAGAGAGCACACUGGAGCCAGGCUUUGACGAGUCUGUCGCACACACGUUCCGACCUGGUGCACACGCUGACGCACACUUCAGACACACAGCUGGUGUUGAGUGUCCAGGAGAUAGCUGACAGGGUGGAGGAGUCGGAGGGGGUCGGAGAGCCCUGUGACACAGACCAGCUCAACCUGAACUCAGGCUGCAGCGACAGCAAGCUGCUGAGAGGCCUGUGGGUCACUGCAGUGCUGCUGGGGCCAAACGGUUAUAGAUCAUCUUCUUUAAAGUUUGAUGAGCGCACAGUGAGCCCUCUCCUGUCCCUGUCUGAUGACUUCUACACUUUGACCUUCUUUCACAAAAAACCUCGACAGUCCCCAGCCUACGACCCAGCGCGUUUCGACUGUUGGCCCAACGCGCUGGGUUCACUGUCCAUGUCCUCUGGCACCCACAGCUGGGUGGUGGAUGUGGGCCAGAGUGGCGCCUUUAAAGUCGGGGUCUGCUACACCUCUCUGGAGCGAAAAGGCUCUGGGAACGAGGCCCGGCUGGGCCACAACAGUCAGUCAUGGGUGCUGUCUCACUACGACGGGGACUACUCCUUCUGCCACGCAGGGAUGAAGGUGCCCCUGCAGGUGGCGAGGAGACCCGUGAGGAUCGGCCUGCUGAUGGACUGGCCCAGUGGGACGCUGAUGUUUUACGAGCCAGACUCCAGCACCGUGCUUCACUUUGUCACACAUCGCUUCAGUGCUCCGCUGCUGCCGGCGUUUGCCGUGACUGACCGCAGUAUCACCAUACUGCACUGAAACGCCAAAAAACUAAAUGACCUAAAACAUGUGAAGAAAUGCCUUUCUCUAAUGUAAACAGGAUCAGCAGCUGAAUCUGACUGUGCAGUUAUGGAAGGCAUCCAUUUCUAUUUAUUUUAUUAGCAAUUUUAUUACUCGCUGCUGAUUCUUUUUUUUACUGUUAUGAAUGAUUUAAUAGAUUUUAAGUUAGAGAUAAUCACAUAAUUAUCUGAUGACCAUAUAUUACUGUAGUGCUGUACGGUAUUUUGUUUGACUGACGAUGUUUUUUAAAGUUUUUGAUCCGAUCGUCUUCAGCAUUAGUUUGAUCUGUGUAAUAUAGACUCUUUAUAGAAAUUCAUAGUUAGACUGAUUGAUUCAGGACUGUUUUAAAUAUUGUUUGACAGAGAAAGUCACUUCAGAAAUACUUUACUUACUACUCAGUGAACCAAUUAUUACAGUUUGACUGUUAUAUUUUCUGACUCUGCAAAAGACAUGUCCUUAAAUACACAAAGAAUGAUUUUGUCCAUUCCUUUGCAUUAAUAAAGCCUAUUUUCAAAGCUGAAAAGAAAAUAGUUUGUUGUUCUAUGCCACAGCAGGGUUUUAAAAUACUGUAAGUAAUACAUUACAAUACCAGUUGUCCUAUACUUCUCAGAAGUUCUUUAGAAAACCACUAGAGGGCAGUAAUGUCACAUGCUUAAUGUUCUUCACGACCAACACCACAAACAUGAGUCAUUCAACAGUGUGCUCUUGAUGAUGCAUUAUCAGAUCAGUGAAGUUAAAUUGUUUCGCCAGGACCACGGACAGCUACAGGUGCUGAAUGCACUCAGACCAAAACUCAGAAAAUUCAGCACAUACUGUAUAUUGUACCUGUUGAAUGAAUGUUUGUUGAUUUAAAUACCUCAAAAGGGAAAUUACAUUUAGCUUUAUAUCAGUAAGACAGAGGCUGGAUACACUCAUGUUUCAUUUUAGGAUUGUGGAACUAACAAUGAAAGCAACACACAAAUAGUAAGAAGUGUGACGUGAGCUGAACCUCUAUGUGAGGAGAGGCAGUGAGACAAAACUGGGAGAAAAAGGAAAUAAAUGUGAAUCAAGUAAUGACUUGACGGACCUAUCUGAAGUGAGAUUAUACAUCCAAACAAGAUUUAGUUUGUAGCACUAAAGACCAUGUCUAAAAAAUGAGACUUGAUUUAAAUGGCUUUAGGAUGGACAUGUUUUGUAUUGAGGACGGAAGCUGGCAAAAUAAAAUAAAUAAUAAAUGACUCGAUAAAUUAAAAUUCCAUUAAUGUACAAAAAUCAUGUAAAUGUAGACAUUAUUAUUAUUCAAAUGUGACAUAAUUUACUUAUUUAUAAUUGUUUAAUGAAUGCAUUUAUUUAAAUAUGGAAAUGAAUACAAACAUAAAUAAUAAAGAUUUCAUAUUUUAUCAAUU